CCAUACAUAGCAAUGCAUAUAAAAAUACAGCAGAAAGAAACUAAGCAUAAAUACCUCUAAGCUCUCUCUGUCAAAUAUUGAGCUCACAGUAUAUUUGCCUGGAGAGCUGACCAAAGUCAUGAGGGUUGUUCUGUGCACACACCUGGCCACAAAACCAGAAGGAAGGCAGUUAAACAGGAGGAUGCUGGUAGAUAAUAGUGGUCUAUUGUGGUAGGCACAUCUGGGACCUAACUUUUCCUCUUGCUUUGGAAAUAUGGUAAUUUAAGAGCCUUAAGGGAAAACAGAGAAAUCCUUACAGAAAGCCCAUGAGAAACUAUUCCUCAUCAUAACAGAUUAAGCUGAGAAGGCUUCAGAGUACCUUUUGAAAAUAUGACAAGUCAGUAACGUUGAUUAACAAUAUUCUUUCUUUGAACAGAGGAAUUAAUAUUUGAAUUCCUAAGGAGAAAUUUUCGGCAGAAUGAAAUAAAACAUGAAAGGACUUAAACAAUAAGGGUGCAUUUGUCAGAUGCAUGAGAAAGGUGAGUCAGGGUUAGGGAGCAAAAUGAAAAGAUGGCAUUGAAUUGAUGGGAAACGACUUCUGCAGCCCUCAGCUACGAAGUGCACGUCAAUAGUCUUGAACUUCUGCACAUUAAUCAGUGUGCUGUCUCAAUUGAAAAGGAAGGAUUUUUAGCACCGUGACAGAGCUGAAAUCAAAGCAGAAUGUGUGGGGUGGCUCUGGGGAUCUCACUGUCUAAAGGAGCAGCUGAUUUCCAAACCCUGACGUGGCGGAACCCUUUAUUUGGCAUUCAAUUGCAUUAUCUUUGCAAGUUGCAUUUCUUUGCCGGAAAGGUGAACUUUAUUUCAUCAAACAUAGUGUGGAGUUAAAUAAUUAGAUCCAAAUCAACACUGUUGCUAGCUUGCUGUUAAGGACUGACUGACUAACACUAUGGCCUAUUUUAGUAAAAAAAGGAGCCUACUGUCUGCAUUUUCUGGAGCAUACUCAACUUUGUAUCAGGAUUUCUCUCGAUUCUGUGGCACUAAACAUUAUUUAACCGUGAAUUUACAUCCACGGUUUAGUUGUUCCAUUUCAUGUCACAGUUACCCAAAGCUAGUUGAGUGAAAAACCAGUGCUGAGAGAAAAGGGCCUUUUAUUUUUUCUCUCGAGAUUCAACACCUUCAAACACGGCACCCGCUGUCUGUUUCUGGGCACGUUACCCACAGGCACAGCGGCAGCGCUGAGGGAGCGCAGAGGGAACCCGCGGGCUCCAACGGCCGCGCCCGCUCCAACGGUCAGCGCGCCCCGCCCCGGUGCCCCGCCCUUCCGCGGACAUGCGCGCCGGGGAGAGGCGGUGACGUCACACUCAGGGCGCCGGCGGCCGCGGGUUCCUCCCCGCUGGCGACACCCAGCGCCGGGCGCGGGGAGGGGGCGGCGGCGGAGGGCCCGGGCGUUGCGGCGGGGCCGCGGCGGGGGUAUAUGGCGGUGACACUGUCCGCCCUGGCUGCCAGGCUCUCCCAGUCGGCCGCGGCCAGGUCGUACGGCGUGUUCUGCAAGGGGCUGACCAGAACCCUCCUCAUCUUCUUCGACCUGGCCUGGAAGCUCCGCAUCAACUUCCCGUACCUUUACAUCGUCGCCUCCAUGAUGCUCAACGUGCGGCUGCAGGUCCAUAUUGAGAUCCACUGAUUUGUCACUUGUGCUGCUUGUACUAUUUGGAGUCAAUCGUGUUCUUCAAGCUCGUCCUGCUGUGAAACAGCAAAGCUAUGCUCAUCUUCUAUAGGAAUAUGAAGAAAGAUUAUUUAAACCUGGAAAGAGUAUGUGAUGGUGGCCAAGAUCAUCACGAGGCAGCAGCUCACUUGGCACACAUACAUUCCGUGCUGAACAACUCUCAAAAUCAUAGUAGCAGUUUACAAAAAGAAUUAUUUUAUUUUAACAUCAGGAAUUGUUCUCUCUUUAAUAAUAUACCUCCGCCUUACCUUGGCUCAGAAAUGCCUUUGAAUUUGAGUGAAUCAGCAGGGAGAAACUCAAAUGUAGCGGCUUUAUGGAAAGAUUCAUUGUGUCUUUGUUUUUCUUCUGGGAAAGACAGGCUUGAUGGGGUUUCUCACUGCAUUAAUAGCAUUUCAGUAAUGGGCUGGCUGGAGAAAGCUUGUAGUUUUGCUGGAGACUUUAGCUCAUGCUGCCCAGGAGACAACACUGCAUAUUUUGCACACAUGUGGCUGGGAAAGUUGCAGUGUCAUCAAGAACUGCAGUUUCUGGAAUUAGAAGCGAGCAGCAUCAUAGGGAAUGAAUUGCAGCUUGCACUUCCUGGAGAGCUGGAGUUGGGUGGACUUCCUGAUCUCUAUUCUGCUCCAGUUGCCUCUCUGAAUGGUUUUACAAUGGGACUCUUAAACAACUGUAUUUUUCCUCAUUACUUAAACCCUGUUACUUCAGAGCAAACACUUGGAUGUAAGAAGAUGCUUUCAGAUGUACUAUAUGUGACUAACAGUUUUUAUGUCAUGCAACUAGUAAUGCCUGUGCUAGCUUUUGCACUAGCAGGUCUCUGGUGUGAAGUAGUGAAGAUAAAAGUGUACUAAAAUUUUAGUAAUGAUGAUUUUAAACAUUAAUAGGAACUUAAUUGAGAGACAGAAACAAGGUUACUGUUCAGGUUGUAGUGAUAAGUGGAUAGCUAAAGUAAAAAUUGCAUUUGUGUAAUUGCUGGUAAAACUGGCCUUGGGAAUAAUAGGGAAUUUUGUUUAGUACAGAAUAUCUGCCUUUGAGUGGAAAGAACUUCUUAAUCUCAAAACUUUUGGGGACACCUCAAGUGUCCCAUUAACAUGAGUGUAGAACUCAAUUUGACUGUUUAACACAGAUCUUUUGUUUUCUUAAGAUUUUUGUAUUUGCUGAGUACUCUGGCUGCUGUUUACAACCAUUUCCAAUGAGGCCACUGCUUAUAGAACUGAAUUCCCAGCAAACACUUUGAAUAGGAAAGCCAUUGGGGUGAUGGUUUUCAGUACAGCACAGCUCUCUCCAGUGAUCCUUUUCAGGGGUGGUACUGGAUUCAAGGGUGGGAUUUGUAGCUCUAUUGGGCUACAGUAGGCACUAUAAAUAAUUUCUAACAAAAAUUCCUUGAAACAGCAGUUGUUAUCAGUGAAGCAUAAGUAAUCAUUUCUGGGCCUGUUGACUUUGGCACAGACUUCUGAUUACAGGAUUUAGCAAAGAAUGGAGAAAGCAUGUUGAAAUCAGUACAGCUGCUUCUGAAUAAGAAACUGUGAAACAUGUUCCCAUGGACACAUCAGUGGAGAAACUCAUUGUGCAGAAAGUCAGAGUUUGAACUUUCUGUCCAUCAUUUUUCAGUGAAGGGAGUUUUGUUAUAAGUAGGCUCGGUGUGCUCUGUGGACUUGCCUGAAGAGGGAGGUGCUGAUGUGGUGGGUUAGCCUGUGCCUUCAGCUAACUCUUCACUCUUAAGUCACAAGUAGGGAUUUAAUGGGGACGAAACUCAUGCCAGUGACUGUCAGGCUAAGUGUCACUUUUGCUAUCUAACUUACUUCACUUCAAAGCAGAUGUGGUAUUUAGUUUGAACUGCAUUAAUCUGAAAAGCUAGGGGUGCUUCUAAUUAUUAUUUUUAAGCACACCAGCAUAAAAAAGUCCUUGAUUAUGAAGUGAGAUGCUGGUUAGCAGUGUGACAGGGAGACAUGCUGGACUAACUUUACUGUAGUGCUGAAAGUUAGGUAUACUAAUUCCUGUGGUGUGCUGUGUUUUUAUUAUCCCAGCUGGCUGAUUAUUUCUUCUGGAUGUUAGAAGAAAUAAAAAGCCAUUUGCUUUAAUUUAGAAAGUAACCUUUUCCCUCGUGUGUACUUUUCGUCGUUAAACUUCUAGACUUUUGGCUAUGACUUCCAGUCUCAAAAUUACCAGAAGCUUUAAAGUAGCAAUGGAUUGUGUACUGUAAGUAAAUAUCUUGACAGCAAUAGUGUCCUUCUAGUCAAACAGCUCAGCCUAUUCACUCCCAUCUCCACUACUGCAGGUUUUCACCCUUGCAGUGGUAGUACUGCAGGUGUUUAUGAACCAAGAUUGCUUAAGUAAAUGUAGAUCUAAAACCCCAAAACUAAGGCACAAAGACACUUUCCCCCAAAAGCCUGUAGCUUAUUUGAGUGAUGAUGUUAACAGUUAUCUGUAUACAGAUAAACCCUAAAAACAGCUGGCAGAGCUGUGAGUAAAGGGAUGAAGAUGGGGAAUGAGCUGGAGCCUGUUAAAGCUGGCUUGGCUGCUUAAAAAAGUAGAAGUUGUGUAACUGCACCUUGACUUCUCUAAGUAGCUGUACUGGUACAGAAAUACUCUCUUCCUGCGUUGUGGGCUUUCUUGUUUGUUUUUGUAAAGCUGUCCCCAAACACAGUCCACAACUGAUUGCUUGAAUUUCCUAUGUAGAGAGUCUACAGCCUGGAAGAUUCCCUUCCCUGCUGUACAUCAUUUAGGAGCUAUGUAUUUUUGGGAACCAGAGUUGCAUAGAACAGAAGUUUCUUAGUAUUGUAAUCUUAAUAGGCAAGAGGAAUAGCAAAAGGCAUAACAUUACUAAUCCAGUUUUUAACUUGUCUACUAUUAAUGAUCAUUUAAAAAAAGAAGAAAAAAAAAAAAGGAAAAAUGAGGGAAGCCACUGGUAAAGUGCAGUGUGUGCACAGUGCAGUGCCAAGGGCUGUCUCAUUACUGGUAAGUCUGUGCAGGAGGGAAUCCUGAACCAUGCUAUGUAUCACAGUCCAGGCAAUAUAGUCCUGUUUUAAGCAAAACUUGUACUGAGUGGCCUUCAAGUCCUUGUUACCAGAUCACUUUAAAUACAGAUACAAUGCAGUUAAGUGAUACGAUGGGGUUUUAUGUAUUAUAUGUAUAUUGAACAUAAAAUUUAAAGAA